GGCUCCACCUUCCACCUCUCGAAGUGGAACGGUCCGCUCCGCUGGUGCAAGAAGGAGGCAUCUCAGCUUUGCUGGAGCACACACACCUCCGUGCCAUUCCCAGUCGUUUCUCGGCCACGAUGCAGCCUUCAUUGCCACUGCAGCGACGUCGUCCGUUGCACCCGCAGGUGAAAGCGGUGCCGGCCGUCCGCGCCACCUCCAGACACCCUGCCUCGACAUCACAGCGAUACACCGCCGCGCACGUCACUGGAACGAAUGCGCUGAACUCCAGUGAAGCGUCGUACGGGGAGAGUGUGAUGAACGCCGCGGAGGAAGGCGCGGGUGUUGCCGGUGCGGCUGCGAUGUACGGCGCGCACCGCGGCCGAUCAACGCCCUCGCCCGAUGAUGUGCGGUCUUUCCCUUCACGUAGGACACCCGAAGAGGGUGCGGCGGCGGCGACGGCGGCGAUGGCGCCGUGUCGUGUAGCUUGUUCAUCUGCUUAUUCGCUGUCGUGCGUGUCCGCAGAUGAUUCAUUAAGACACGCGGGGUGGCGGGCGGUUCUCCUCCGUGCGCCGCGUCGUGCUUCCGGCGGAGCCGCGGAUGAAGAAAGAGCUCCGCAAAAGGACAUGGUGGGGGAGGAGCGCGAUGACGACGAAGGUUAUAAUGUGCGGUGCGCGUCGCCGCUGCAUGCAUCGCCUCCUCCAGACAUUCGACGUAAUCGAGAUGAACCGCCUUCAGAGCUCGGUUGCUACCGACCUUACCAGAAAGUCGAGGAUGCCGUGGCUGCUUCCUCCGCAGCUGCGUGUUGCGGUGUGGGUACGACCUCUUCGGAGGCUGCAGGGGCAGAGGUGCGUGGGGCGCCGUGGAAGCGAAGGCGAAGAAAGGAAGACGCACCCGCCAUAGCACAAGUCGCCGCCGCCCACGAUGCGCGGAACGACGCGCACGUCCGAGGCAGAACGAUGCCGCUUCCACCCUCCGCCCUGCGCCCUCGGUGCUCCACGCAGCAGCAGCAGCUGUCACUGUAUCGUUGUCAUCCCCAUAUUUCUUCUUCAAACAGGGGCAGAGCCACGAACAAGCGCGCACGCACCGACGAAAGACUCUCAGGCAGCGAGGACGAUGGCGACGACGAUGGCGAGGCCGCGCUUGUGUGCUCGUCCGCCUCGGACAGCUCCGUAGGCGAGGCAGCGCCUGACAGCACCUCGGGUUUGGGUGGCGAUCGUCCAUCGAGACGCACAUGCAGGGGGUGGCUGCGCGCUUACAAGCCCAUCGCCUUACCCCGCGUUUCCUCCACGCAGCCGCACCUUCGCGCGACGCCGAAAGAGAGCCGCGGCCGCCCCGACAGUGACGUCGUCCGGAGCGAUGUAGCGCGGAUGGCGCAAGCGCUGUGGGCUCCCUGUCCCCCGCGGUCGUCUAUCCCGCCUUUCAGGAAGGGUGGAGUUUCCUGCGACUCCGCCGUUUCGACGAGUGCCGCUUUCGCCGGGUUAUCAAAGGCCGAUAAUCUUCGCCGACGGCGUGAAGUGGAAGCGUUGCUUCAAUACGCGCACCUUGGUGCAUCGCAGCUCCGUGUGGAGCAUCACGAGGAACAGGAGGAGUCCAAGCGUGCCGAAACGGCGGCAGAGUAUCACAAGGUGUGGGCGGAUGUUAUGUGGACGAGCUUGGCCUUCUACGCUGCCCAAACGAAAUAG